CUGGGAGGAGUGGCUGCCAGGAGUGAGAGACGAGCGGGCAGGCCGACGAGAAAGGAGAGGAGCAGAGGGCGGGGGAACCGGCCGGGGGAGGAGGGGAGACCGAGGAGGCGGCUCUGGCUGCGCGCGGCAGCGGCGGCGCGGAGAGCUGGGACCGGGAGCCCAGAGCUGGGCAGCGGGAGAGGAGCAGCCGCAGGAACUGCAGCUCUGCCAGCUUGGGCUGAGCCUAGAGAUACCGGCCUGGCUGGUCCAAGCCAGCCGCAGACAGAGGCUGAGCAUGGAGCUGUCCCCUUGCAGCCCUCCCGAGAUGCUGGAGUCGGAUUGCCCGUCACCCCUGGAGCUGAAGUCAGCCCCCAGCAAGAAGAUGUGGAUCAAGCUUCGGUCGCUGCUACGCUACAUGGUGAAGCAGCUGGAGAACGGGGAGGUCAACAUUGAGGAGCUGAAGAAAAACCUGGAGUACACAGCGUCCCUGCUGGAGGCCGUCUACAUAGACGAGACGCGGCAAAUCUUGGACACAGAGGAUGAGCUUCAGGAGCUGCGGUCAGACGCUGUGCCUUCCGAGGUGCGGGACUGGCUGGCCUCCACCUUCACCCAGCAGACCCGAGCCAAAGGCCGCCGAGCGGAGGAGAAGCCCAAGUUCCGCAGCAUCGUGCACGCCGUGCAGGCUGGGAUCUUCGUGGAGCGGAUGUUCCGGAGAACGUACACCUCCGUGGGCCCCUCCUACUCCACUGCGGUCCUCAACUGUCUCAAGAACCUGGACCUCUGGUGCUUUGAUGUCUUUUCCUUGAACCGGGCAGCCGAUGACCACGCUCUGAGGACCAUUGCAUUUGAGUUGCUGACGCGGCAUAACCUCAUCAGCCGCUUUAAGAUUCCCACUGUGUUUUUGAUGACUUUCCUGGAUGCUUUGGAGACAGGCUAUGGGAAAUACAAGAACCCUUACCACAACCAGAUCCACGCAGCUGACGUUACUCAGACAGUCCACUGCUUCUUGCUUCGCACAGGGAUGGUGCACUGCCUGUCAGAGAUUGAAGUCUUGGCCAUCAUCUUUGCAGCAGCCAUCCAUGACUAUGAGCACACAGGCACUACCAACAGCUUCCACAUCCAGACUAAGUCAGAAUGUGCCAUCCUGUACAAUGACCGCUCAGUGCUGGAGAAUCACCACAUCAGCUCUGUCUUCCGAAUGAUGCAGGACGACGAAAUGAACAUUUUCAUCAACCUCACCAAGGAUGAGUUUGUGGAGCUGCGGGCCCUGGUCAUCGAGAUGGUCUUGGCCACAGACAUGUCUUGCCAUUUCCAGCAAGUGAAGUCCAUGAAGACAGCCUUGCAGCAGCUGGAGAGGAUUGACAAGUCCAAGGCCCUGUCUCUACUGCUCCAUGCUGCAGACAUCAGCCAUCCGACCAAGCAGUGGUCAGUUCACAGCCGCUGGACCAAGGCUCUCAUGGAGGAAUUCUUCCGCCAGGGUGACAAGGAGGCAGAGCUGGGUCUGCCCUUCUCUCCGCUGUGUGAUCGCACUUCCACUCUCGUGGCACAGUCCCAGAUUGGUUUCAUCGACUUCAUUGUGGAGCCCACAUUCUCUGUGUUGACCGACGUGGCUGAGAAGAGUGUCCAGCCCUUGGUGGAUGAUGACUCCAAGUCUAAAAACCAGCCCAGCUUUCAGUGGCGCCAGCCUUCUCUGGAUGUGGAAGUAGGAGACCCUAACCCUGAUGUGAUCAGCUUCCGCUCCACCUGGACCAAAUACAUUCAGGAGAACAAGCAGAAAUGGAAGGAACAGGCAGCAAGCGGCAUCACCAACCAGAUGUCCAUUGACGAGCUGUCCCCCUGUGAGGAGGAGGCCCCGCCCUCCCCUGCCCAAGAUGAACACAAUCAGAAUGGGAAUCUGGACUAGCCUGGGGCCGGCCCAGGUCCUCAUUGAGUCCCAGUGUUAGAUGUCAUCAGCACCAUCCAUCGGGACUAGCUCCCCCAUCUGCUCCAAGGGAGCAUGAAGGUCGAGGAAGAGACAACCCACCCGAAGGCCAAAUGCCAGAGAAU